AGCAGGUUAUUGCACUAAUUAUUGAAAUCUUAAACAUGAUUUUAGAGUUCAAGUUACUGUAAAGAGGAUGGUUAUAAUUUGUAAUGGCACUUAGGCAGGUGGCUCAUGCAUCGUGCUGUGUUAAUAGUCAAUGAGUGCCACUGGCUUGACAUUCUAGCCUCAUUUUUUAAAAUUCUUUCAACUGAUACAGGCUACCAAUGGUCAAAUCUUUCAGCUAUUAACCUCGUAAUUCCCAUUUCUUACGCGGAACUUGGAUUAUUAACUUUUUUAGAAGCUGGUUGCCACAAAGAGAGAGAGAGAUGAAAAUGAUUGACAAAGCCCAAAAGCCGGAUUCGGUGUCUUUGCCGACUGGUGUUACAGAGAUAUCAGGGGAACCUGCUAUUGUUAUUAAUGGGGUGCCAGACAUCAGUCUGAGUGGCAGCUCUCUUGCUGUCAAUAGUAGUGGAAAUGACACUGGAUCUCAAGAAAAUACAGGCCCUGAUGCAGGACUUGGAAAUACUAAUUUCGCUGAAUGGAUGGAAGGACGGGAAGUUCAAAAGUUGUUUGGAGACCAGCUAUAUCCUGGUACAGUGACGGAGUUCGACAAAGAAACUGGCUGGUACAAAGUGGUCUAUGCAGAUGGCGAUUUUGAAGAUCUCGAGUGGCCUGAACUGGAAAAUAUUCUUGUGCCUUUGGAUAUUACAAUUCCAGUGAAAUCAUUGGCUCUGAAAAUGACGAAGAGUCGUCAGAAAACCACUCAGAAACCUGGGAAAAGUGCUACAUGCACAAAAGUUGGCAAAGCUAAAAGCCUAAGAAAUAAGGAGAUUAAAGAGUCGGUUGUAGAAGGCGUACAUGAACCUCCACUCCAUUCCAAAGAGGGUGCUGAAUUGGUUAAACCAAGUUGCAAAGAGAAAUCACAAUAAAGAAUGCCAUUCUGUUAACAGAUCAAGUUUGGUUUUAUUCCGCAUUUGUACUGAAAUGUCAACAACAAACUUGUACAGCCCAACUUUUAUGUUGUGUAAAACGUAGAUUUUUCUUUAUUGCGGCUUGCGAAUUGUAAUAGCAGUCCAGAAGUGGGUGUUGAACAUUUGCAAUGUUAAUGAUACCUCCUGAAAAGCUUAUCUAGUUAUGGUAUGAUUCAUUAA